ACUCACACAAAGACCCCUCUUUUUCUCUCUCUGCUGUCGUCACUGCAAUAUCAGAAAGAGAGAGAGAGAGAGGCGAGUGAGUGAGCCACCACUCGUGCUUUUCCUUCAGAGCAAAAAUGGUGGGUGCUAUAAAGGCAGCAAUUGGAGACGCAGUGUUGACUUUCAUGUGGGUGUUUUGCUCCUCCAUGUUGGGAAUAGCUUCAGGGGCCAUAACCAGAGCCCUUGACCUUCAACAUCUCUCUUACAGCGGUUUUCCUUACCCUUCUUUUCUCGUCACAACCACACUCGUGUUCAUCCUUGUCUUUCUCUUCACCAUCGUCGGCAGUGCCUUGGGUGGUGCCAGCUUCAACCCCACCGGCACCGCUUCCUUUUACGCCGUUGGUCUCGGUUCCGACACUCUGUUCUCAAUGGCACUGCGCUUCCCUGCCCAGGCGCUUGGUGCUGCGGGUGGUGCAAUGGCGAUUAUGGAGGUGAUUCCUACCAAGUACAAGCACAUGAUUGGAGGGCCUUCUUUGAAAGUUGACUUGCAUACUGGGGCUGUUGCUGAGGGGGUGUUGACUUUUUUUAUUACCUUUGCUGUACUCUUCAUCAUUCUUAGGGGUCCUCGUAGUGAUUUGUUGAAGACUUGGUUGCUGGCCACCGCGACCGUCACUUUGGUUAUGGUUGGAUCUGCUUACACCGGGCCAGCCAUGAAUCCUGCCAACGCCUUUGGUUGGGCAUACUUAAACAAUUGGCACAACACAUGGGACCAAUUUUAUGUAUAUUGGAUUUGCCCCUUCACUGGAGCAAUAUUGGCUGCUUGGCUAUUCCGUGCUAUCUUUCCCCCACCACCACCUCAAGUCAAACAGAAGAAAGCAUGAAAACGGAUAGUAGAUUUCGGUAUUCAUGCAUCUCAAUUCUUAAGCAUCAUGCCACUAUGUUAAGAACCGCUUUUAUUUUAUAUAAUAAUUUCAUCAUCAUUCUCUCUUCUGUUUCUGACCGUUCGAUAAAACAUGUUAGUUAGGCAAAAUCAGAUGUGAAAAGUUAGUGAUAUUUUACUGGGUCAUGUUUGUCCCAUAAAUUCGGUAUCCACUUUAGAAAAAUUAUGUGGAAGUUUAGUGUCUUUGUUGUAUACUGAUUUGAUUCAUCUUAAUGCCGGUUCCAUUCUGUUUG